UAUUCACGUGCUUUCAGUUGUUUUUUGCCAGCCGCCAAUUCGGUUUGUUUGUUUUUUUGGCAUGGAAACCCCAAAAAACGGAGGAGCUGCCUUUAAAUAUGGUCCCGCUGUCCGGAUUGGCAUUGCCGUCCUGGUGCUGCACACCGCCGGCUGGCUGGGUUGGAAGGCGGUCAACCAGGAUGCGGAGUCCAAGGAGGCUAAGGUCACUGCCAAUGCCAAGCACGAACAACUGCGGGCGGCACUUGCGGAAAAGUGACGUAAUGUGGAAUUAUAAAUACGAAAAAUCCAACAAGCUGCAAGAAACUGUGUAAAUAAAGUUAUUAUUGUUAAAAAAUAUAUAGAAAAAGUGCAUUGUAUAAAAUAAUAAAACAAAAUUAAAAGUUAUUCGAUUUGUUUUGAAAAAUAAACAGAAAGAGAGAGUAGCUUUUGUGCUUGUGAUAAAGAGAAAGAAAGCUUUCGAUAAUUAUCGAAUUGAAUUAUAAUUUAUGGGAUUUACUUAAGUGUUAAAAUUUUAUUAUGAAGAUUGAGAAAUUGUUAAGCAAAUCUAUAACAUUUAAAUUCUUUAAAAAUGUAUAUGUAAAUUUUAAUAAACUCAGAAAACUCGUGUUACGUGUUACGUUGA